UCGUUCAAUGAAAAAUGUUAUUAGCUUUUUACGUUAUUGCUGUAUAUUUUUACUAGCCAUUCUUUAUAUUGAUAAUUAUUUCAAAUAUUGUCUAAUAUAAUCAUUUAGUUCUAUCUCUUACUUAUUUAUAUAGUGUAAACAAAAUAAUUAUGAUAUACAUUUUUUGUUCUAUCCUUUAAUUAUAAAAUGAUAUACAAAUUGAUAAAUUAAACAAAAAGCAGGGAUGCAUGUAGAAAGUGCUGUUUCAAAUUUCAAAUAAUCAUGAAAGAGAUAUUUUUCGAUAUCAUGACGAAUUUUGAAAUUUGAAAUUAACGAAAUUUGAAAUUAUGAAUAUAUUAUUGUAGAUUGAAAAUUUCUGCCAAUAAGGUAUUCGGUACAUUAUAAUAAUAUCAUGUUAAUGAUGUGGAAUAAAUAUAAUUUCUAACAAUAUUGCAUUAAAUGGGUAUAUAAAUGAUUUUUAUAUAAAUCUGUUUUAUUUUACAAUUUUGUAAAAUAUGCCGAAUAUCUUAUUAAAAUUAAUUGAUAGAAUAGGAUAUGCCUAAAAAUUUGUAAAAGUAAAAUCAAUAAUAAGAUUGUGAAAGUAUAAGUGGUAAAUGCGAGGAAAGUAUAAAAAUGUUAAUUGGUACAUGUAGCCAAAAUUUAUAACUGAUACGAUCAAUUGAAAAGAUAUUAUAUAUCUUAUGAUAAAAAAAAGCAACGAUAAUUCUGUAUGCGUUACUUCUAUUAAUGUAAUAUUUUCAAGUGUUUUAUUUUAUUUUUCUGUUUUGAAAUAUUAUAUUCGCGAUGGAAACAAAAGUAUGAAAUCGAAAACAUUGUUGAAACCUGAUUCUGAAAUUUUAAUUUAUGAAGGUAUCAAAUAUUCAUGAAAAGUGUAUCAUUCAUCUUACGUACAUUUAUUCACAUUUGCAUAUAAAGUUUUAAGUAAUGGCAGUAUGCAGCAAUACAUAUUUAUGGAAAUGGAAUGUAUCCAUAAAAUGAAAUUAUGAUACUGUAUUGAUAUAUUGGUGAAAAUUUUGAACACAUUGUAACUGCAGCACUUUUUGAGAAAAUUUCAAAAAGAAUUUUGUAAAUAGUUGAAGGAAGAGGGAGAAUACUUGGGGACCUGAGUCGACGCAACGCCCAUUCUAUUUCAUAGUUAUGUCACAGAAAUAUGUGAAAAGAAAAGUAAUUCAUUUAUACUCCACAUCUUUGCCAUUUCAUUAUUAAUUUGCAUAGCAUUGAUUACUGAUAAUGAAUAGCAAUACAUUAAAGCAAGUAAGAAAAAAGUCUAAUACAACAAAAUUGAAAUAUAAUUAACAUGUACCUACCCUAUCGAAUAUAACUGAGUUACUUUUUAGAUAAAAAACUUCUCAUAUUUUAUGAUGUAACAUGAAUAUGUAAUAUGGUAAUGUGUCAUAGAGACCAGCAAUGACUGCCGAUUUUAAUGUAAAUUAACAUGUAACAUGUAUAUCAUAUUGAAAUACUAAUUAUUCAUUGUAGGUAUAUGAAUGAGUGGUUCUCCAUAAACACGUGAUCUUAGAUUUUAAACAAGCAAAGUUAUUAAUUGUCAAAUUAUCGUAUGGAUUUUUUUCGUUUACUAACAUCUCCUUUAUUUGAAAAAUUAUGUAAUUAAUACCCAUAUUUUUACAAAUAAUACUUAUUUAAUCGAUGAUAAAUAGCAAACGCCAGUAUAAGAGAUGUUUUUAAACGGUAUCUAUCACUUAAAACGCGGUAUAUUAUUUCUGUAAGUUCUGUAUAAUGAAAUACGUGCGUUGUUCGUUGUUAAAACAAAGUUUUUUUAUGGCAUACUAGAACAUAAACAGCCUGAACUUGAAUAAAAAUAUGGAUGUAUUUGAAAUUGAAUAAUUAAAAAUUUCACAAUUUAUACCUUGUGAUGCGAUCAAUAUGAUUUUUAAUAAAUCAAUCUUUACUAAACGAAUAUAUUAUUAUUACAUAAAAUUGCUUCCUUUUUAAACGUUUUCAUUUCCGGUUCGAUAUGAUUUGGGAUCUAAAAUGGAGAAUUCUUUUAAUAUUAUAGAAGACGAAAAUGUUAACGAAAAAUACUCUAGUUUUUGUUCUUCUUGCAAUUCUCUCUUCCAAUCUAUAUGUAGUAUCGGAAUACCAUCUUUUCGUGAAUUAAAUGAUGAAAAUAAUAUAUCACAAAUUGAAAAAGAUGAAGACAUUAUAGAACAUAUCGAUACGAUAACUGAAGAAACUGGGAAUAUAAAUGAAUAUACGUCGGAUAUUAAAGAAAAAACUUUUGUUAAAAAUAACAACAAUGCUACUAAAAAUUCGGUGAUACCAAUGGAACUGCAUACAUAUAGAAAACAAAAAACUAACAAUAAUAAUGACAACAAAACCGACUACUCUGUAACUAAAAAGAUAAAAUAUAUCGAAUUAUUACGUAAAGAUUCUAAAAGAAAAGAGAAUUAUAUUACCUUAUCUGAUGAUAAAAAUAAACCUUUCAUAUUGGCGAAAAAUAAUUUGGAUGAUAGAUUUAAUUGUGAAAUGCCAAAAACAAAAAUAUUAAAGCUUACAAAGAAAAAUUCAUCAAUAAAAUAUGUAUCAUCUAGUAAUGAUGAUUAUAUUAUAAAAGAUAUUCUAGGUCAUCGUAAAAAGAUACUAAAAGCUAUGAAAUCAAUAUUAUAUCUUUGUAAUUACAUGGAUACAAUGCGUGAAGUUAUAUUUCAAAAAAUUCAUAUGAAACAAUCUCAAAAAUAUCAGAAAGCAGUUCUUAAGGACAAUUAAGUUCUAUAGGUAUUAAUUAAA